AUGACAAGCGGAACAGCUGUAACUGAGGAAGGCAUCUUCAUUGGUGCUAACCGCCAAGCUUACGUUUCAGACUAUAAAACGAACCUUGUUGCUUAUGGUGCAGCCAGCACUGUGGCAUUGUGGAAUCCAUUCAGUAAAGAUAAGAAAGGUGUAUUCCAUACAUUGAGGAAGCAUACUGAAGAGGUUACUUGUGUGAAGUUUAUUCCUGGAUCUGAGUACCUUGUUUCAGCGGGUGAAGAUGGUCAGAUUGUGCUGUGGAAGGAGACUGAAGGUGAGUUUAAAUACUUUGGUUCUGUUACUGAAGAGGGUGCAUCCAUUACAUGUAUGAGUGUCUAUGAUGAUCAGUUCUUUGUUACUGGUAACUCUUUAGGCCAGGUUUCGGUCUAUAAGUUGGAAGAGGGUGUUCCUAAAUUGCAUCAGGAGUUUAAGGUCAAGCACAACUUCUACCCUUUGACGCUUUGUUUGCAUAAAAUUGGCUCAGAGUAUCUUCUUCUCGUGGGAGGAACCAGCUCCACUCUUUUCGUUUACACAUUCGGUGAUUCCAGUGAAAUAGAACUUGUGGCUUCUAUGGUUGGUCAUGAGGACUGGAUCAAAGCACUUGCAAUUGUCAAGGAAGGACAAGACUACCUUCUUGCAUCAGGUUCGCAAGACAGGUACAUUCGUCUUUGGAGACUCAAGUUCAACAACAAUAUCGAUGAUUCCGAUGAGGAUGAAUCCAAGCUUACUUUGCUCACGAAUAAGCAGUAUAAGUUUUAUAUUGGAGAAGACAGAGCUGCUUUCAGCUUUGAUGCAUUAAUCAUGGGUCACGACGAUUGGGUCAGUGGCUUGCAAUGGCAUCCUACUUGUCGUAACAAGGAUGCAUCUACACAUAAACUACAGCUCCUUUCCCUGAGUGCUGAUACCGCAUUAAUGAUCUGGGAGAUGGACGAGGAUUCUGGAAUCUGGGUUUGUCUGAGCCGACUCGGUGAAAUGUCCAUUAAGGGUGCUUCUACCGCAACGGGAGCUUCUGGUGGUUUCUGGUCUUGUCUCUGGAUUACCAAUGAAGAGGCUACAGAGCAACUUAUUCUUGCAAACGGUAAGACUGGAGCCAUUAGAGCAUACAGACUGACUGAUGAGGACAAUAAAAUCUGGGACUCUGUAUUGGGUGUUUCGGGAGCUAUUAGAGAGGUGAAUGAUGCUGUAUGGUCCAAGGAUGGAUCCUACUGCUUUACCACUUCUCUUGAUCAGACGACAAGGUUAUUUGCGCCAUGGACUAAACACAGACCAGCUACAAGCGAAAAUACCACUACAUGGCACGAGUUUGCCAGACCUCAAAUUCACGGUUAUGAUAUGAUUUGUCUAGAUAACAUCAGUCUGACUAAGUUCGUCUCUGGAGGUGAUGAAAAAGUGUUGAGAGUGUUUGAAAUGACUCAGUCAAUUGGUGAUUUAUUGCAUAAGUACUGUGACGUAAACGUCAAGCAGACAGAGUUUGAUUCCUUGCCAGAAGCAGCAUCUCUUCCUGUCCUCGGUCUUUCCAAUAAAGCCGCCAAUGAACAGCUCGAAUCAGGAGAAGCCCAGCAAAGAGAGGAAGACUUUGAAGAGAACCAGGAGAAUGCAGCACAAGUGAAAGCAGACCCCCUUGCGGAUACUAAUGGUCCACCAUUGGAAGACCAUUUGCAGAGACACACUUUGUUCCCAGAGAUCGAGAAGCUUUACGGUCAUGGUUACGAAACAACGUGUUGUGCCACAUCGCCUUCUGGUAAUAUUAUAGCAUCUGCAUGUCGUUCGAACAACGCAAAACAUUCUGUUGUUAGAAUUUUCAACGUUAAGGCAGACUACCAGCUUCGUGAAGAAUCAUUGAAGGGUCACAACUUGACCAUUACUAGUUUGGAAUUCUCGCAAGACGGUCAAUAUUUGGUCGCUGUUUCUCGUGAUAGACAAUUGUCCCUUUGGAGGCUUCUUGACGAAGAAAAGGCCGACUUUGAAUUGGUGCAGUUGAACGAAAAAGCUCAUUCCCGUAUCGUGUGGGAUUGCUCUUGGGCUCCUCAAAGCACCUAUGGAGCCUUCUUCGUCACUGGAUCAAGAGAUAAAAGCAUCAAGGUUUGGAAGGUGACAGAUUCUGGUGCUGAAAUGGUUACAUCCUUAAAGACCGGUGAACCAGUCACCUCUGUUGCCUGUUUCCAACAGAAGCUCAUUGGCGACCGUAUUGUCAUUGUUGUUGGUCAAGAAAGCGGCAACAUCGGUAUCUACUCUGUCAACUUGGCAGACGAGUCCCCAAAAAUUCUGCACAGCAUAGCAUUCGAAAGCGAUAUCUUACCAGCUUCUAAGGUCUGCAAGCUCAGCUUCAGCAGUCAGAUGUCGAGCAACAAGCUUCUAUUAACCGCUGCAAGCAGUGACUCCUCAGCCAGAAUCUACAGCAUAACCACCGAAGCAUUGACAUAA